AUUACACUGACACACACUCUGCUUUGUCCACUUCUGCUCUGUCCAUAAGAUAACUCUAAAAGUUAAAAUGUUGGAAUUUGCUGGUGUUCUGUACUUCAUCUUUCUGAUACAUGCGCAAGGUUCUCCUAAUCAGAAAACUGUGACGUGUGAUGAUGAAAGCAUCUGUACAUUGGAAACGUCACAUGUGCUCAUUAAGUGCUCUUACACACACACCAACAUCCACACUGUGAUCUGGUUCAGUCCUAACCAAUAUCCCAGGGAACAAUAUCCCAAGGAUCUGGCUUUAGACUCAGAGUUCGCUGGCCGAGUGAGUCACACAGAGACCCUAAACUCCAGCACUCUGUCAAUAAGAGACGUGAGACUGAGAGACUCUGGAGAAUAUCGCUUCAUGCUCGUUACAGCAAACGGAGAGAAAUAUCUCAGCUCGAUAGCCGUGAAUUUAACAGUGACAGAUCUGCAGGUGAGGAUACAUCCUGGCACCAUGAAGCAGCUAAAUCUCACCUGUAGCACCCAGUGCAGACUGACUGCAAACUGGAACAGCUGGUGGAAGAAUGGAAAACGUAUAAAAGCUAACCAAUAUACCGAGCCACUUAUCUUAUCCGCUGGCGAUGGAGGCAGAUACUUCUGCUCAGUCAAAACCAAAGCUAAGGUGAUCCAUUCCCCUGCAGUAUGUAUCUGGGAAAAGAACUGUUGGAAUGUGACUUAUGCACAGAGAAGUGUGUGUGCUUUAAAAGGUUCAUCAGUGAACAUCCCCUGCACUUACUCGUAUCCCAGUGGAGAAAAAUUCCAUGAAAGCUACUGGACAUUCAAUUGGACUGACAUGAGACUCUUGGAGCAGUUUGCAGGCCGUGUGGAGUUUGUUGGAGCUAAAGAGAGUAAUUGCACUCUAAGACUGACUGACCUUAAAGAGAACGACUCUGGAGAUUAUCGCUUUCUCUUCACCAACGAUAUCACACAGCCAGUUUUCAAUAGCUCACUCAGGGUCCAGUUGAUUGUUACAGAUGUUCAGGUCAGGGUGAGUUAUGCCAACGUGUCUGAGGGACAGACAGUAACACUGAGCUGUAUCACCAGCUGUACUCUCCCUCACCAUACGUUUAGCUGGUACCAGAACGGCCAACGCAUAAUGAACAAACUCACCAAGCACAACCAUCUUAAUCUGGAUGUACGUAGCUACAAGGAUAGAGACGAAUACACAUGUGCUGCGAGAGUCAUUAAAGCAGAGAACUACUCAGCAGCUUCCGGAGGUGAUUGGUGGUGGAUUCAGCAUGCUAUAUGGGCAGCAGGAGUAUUCAUGGCUGUAUUAACUCUACUUAUUGCCAUUCAGCUUAUCAGGAGGGAAAGACGAACAAAGAAUGAUACAGAUACUCAGGGUAUUUCAAACCUUGUAGAUGGCAUAUACACAGGUCUGGACCCUAUGACCAUGUCUCCGACUUAUGAUACUCUCAGAGCUGUAGAGGUUUCACUAACAGACACCUACACUUCUCUGAGUCUUGCAAACCGGUCCGCUGAGUACAGCACACUGUUUGCUUAUUCAAGGAUGAUGAGCAGAACAAAGAGAGAUGCACACAGUCAGGUUGCAAAGUCUUCAACCAGUACAGUACAGAGAAAAGCCUCAGACUACGAAAAUGUGUAUGAAAAUGUAGAAUGCAAAAUUUAAAACAUUAAAACAUACAUACAUUCAACAUACAUACAUAUACAUACACAUACAUAUACAUACAUAUACAUACACAUACAUAUACAUACAUACACAUACAUACAUACAUGGAUGGAUGGAUGAAUGGAUAGAUAGAUAGAUAGAUAGAUAGAUAGAUAGAUAGAUAGAUAGAUAGAUAGAUAAACAAGUAAGGAAUAAUUGACGACGGGCUGUUUAAUUAUUAGAUAAAUAAUGCACACCCGAGGUGGUAAUGCGGCCAUGAGGCAAAACGGAGGCUUGAGCCAUUGAUGCGCAGUUAUUGGAGAGAAAGAGAGCAAGAAAAAAAGAAAAAGAGCCAGAGAGAGCAUGCGUGAUUGCAGUACUAAGGCAGAAAAGCCGGUUAACUAGUCUCAAAAACCCUGUGAACAAGUAGGCCUGUCGAUAUUUAUUUAUUUAUUUAUUUAUAUUUGUUCUAUUUUUAUAUUAUCAGGAUGAAACAAAAAACCAAAAACUAUGAACUCUCUCUCUCUCUCUCUCUCUCUCUCUCUCUCUCUCUCUUUGUCUCACCCCAAUAACUGCAUAUCUGUGGCUCAAGUCUCAGUACCAGCUCUAACAUUACGUUUUGGAUUUAGCAACGGAGACUUGAGAUGGAAUGCAUAAUAAAUUAGUUCCACACACAAAAGCGUUUUAAGAACAAAAACCUGACAAAUGUCUUGAGAUAAAACAUCUGAACAGACUUCAGGUGUGGUAACUGUGGUAUAAGCGGAAUUAUUGGCGACGGGCCGUGGAAUUAUUAGAAAAUAAUGCACUGAGGUGUAACGGUGCUUCAUGUCAUGGCCGCAUUACCACCUCGGGUGUGCAGUAUAUUCUAAUAAUUCAACGGCCUGUCAUCAAUUAUUCCUUAUAUAUUUCUGUAAAAUCUCAAUUGUCUGUCAUUUUGCUUGUUGUUAGCUGUAUGUGCUGUGGUGGACAAUAGGCUAACUUUUCCAUUAUUUCAGUUAACUUGGCGAAGUGAUAUGGGACUGUAAUGCGGUCAAAACGUGACCAGAACUACUUUAGCCGUCUACUUCAGUUCAGUUGAGUUCAGUUCAAGUGAUUUUAUUGUCAUUUCAACCAUAUACAGUUGGUACAGUCACAGUGAAACGAAACAACGUUAAGCUUUUUGGCUCUGGAGUUUGUGCCUUUUAUUUUAUUUAAUAUAGAUUCGUCGCAUUCUUGAGAAAUCCAGCUCCAGACUCGGGUAUUACUUCAAUUACUCCAAGCAAAGUGUCUUCUCACUUAAUUUACUACAGUUUAAUACAGAUUUUGAACUUGAAAGGGGAAUUUAUUUAGAUGAUGUAGCCGGAGUUGAUUUUUUGGGAGACAUUACUGAUCAAUUGAGGCAAUGAAGCAAUGCUAAUGCACUAACAUUUCACUUGGAAAACAAAAUAUAUAUUCAAAAUUCACAGCUGUAUGAAAUUAAGUGUGAAAACUCAGCAUGAUGAAACAUGAAACAUGAGUGCAAAAUUUCAGGCAUACAGUUUAAAAGCAAAUAUUUAAAUAGUCAUAUACUUUUCUUUUCCUAAUUCAUCUCCUCCUCCUCGUCCUCCUACUCUUCAUCUUCUUCUUCCUCUUCUUCUUCCUCUUCUUCUUCUUCUUCUUCUUCUUCUUGCCAGGGGUGUUGUUGUUCUUGUAUUUAUUUGUUUGUUUGUUUUAAUCUCUCUGCAUCACUUGGACCACAACUUGGGCAAUUAAGUAAGGAAUAGUAUCUGAUCUCGUUGGUCUUUUCAUAAGUUAUCAAAAUACAGAAAACCAAUAAAAUUUAAAAUUAUCUACAUGGAGAUAUUCCUGUGAUAUAUGGUCAAUCAUAAAAGCACUAGAGAGGAUUACUUCCCACAUGGUUACAAGAUUAAAAUGUACAUACCAAAGUAUUUUAAUAUUUAACAACUGAUGGUUAAAGUUGGAUAUUUUCACCACCUUGAAAUGGCAAAUUAUUCUGCGUAGUUAUCUCUGAAACUUUAACUGGCUACUGACUUAAUGUACUGAGUAAACAAAUAUAAUAAAUGUCUGAUCAAAGGAAAUUACACAAAACUUUUAGGCGUUUAUUUAUGUCGAGAGAGAAUAAAAUCCCUGUAAGGUAGUACAGUAUGAACUUGAAGUAAUGUGACUUUUGUCCACUAGAUGGCGAUGUUUUUCCAAAUAAGAUUCCAGACAGGAUGAGGCUACUGCGUGCACAGUAUAAUCUGUUCUGGUUUGUCUUUCAGGCUUUAGGUUAUUGUUAAAUAUCUUAAUUUCUUAAGCAGUGUAAAUGAUCUCAUAAGAAAAACGCUCAAACAUUCCCAGUUAAAACCUCUCUGUCUUUCACUGUAUAAGGUCUUGUGCUCUGCUUUUCCUUAUUAUCAUUACUAACUGUUUGUCAUCAUUGUCAACUCACCAGUAAGUCAUCUAUGGAGAAGAAAGAGAGAACAGAGAGAAAAGAAUGGAAAUUGCAGACAGAGUCAUGGUGUGACAUUUUCUGGACUGUGGGCACAACAUUUUGUGUCUCUUCGUACACUUUCCAGAGGGAGCUCUGUGAUGGUGUGUGUGCGUAGGUUGGUGUGAGGUCAUGGCAUUAGCCAAUGUUCUGUCUAAGAAGGGUGACUUCAGACCAAGUACACUAUGGGCAGUUGAAGUCUUUCUCUCUCUCUCUCUCUCGCUCAAUCUUUCAAUCGGACACAAAGGGCUGUUGUGAGCCGUUGUUUCAUGUAGUCUUGCAGUGCUUGGCUGUUUUGGGUUUGGUUUCAACAUUUCCACAGCUUAAUAGUACUUAAAGGCCACAUCUGCUCUGUUUCACACUUUACACUAGGCAUCUUCUGGUAAAACGAGACAAAUUAGCAGGUAAGACUAAGUCGAAAUAGAAAAAUGCCAUUUCAUCUGUUCUGUGUAUUAAGUAAUACAGUAGUAUUAAAAAUACACAAAUACCAAAAAAGUCGAGCAGCUAGAGUCCAGUUAGCUACAGUAUUAUAAAAACCUCACCUGAGAAUCUGCAGCAUUCCUUCAGCUUCUCCGUCAUCUUGUGCGUUUGGUUUUACUAGAGGUGUGUUUACC